CAAACGACACCGUUCUACCCAAAGAUCGGAGAGGCCACUACCAAGUUUGUUGUGUGGCUAUACUUUGCAGAGAAGCAGAGAAAGAUGACACUGAUACAAAGAAGAGUCCCUUCAAGCCUUCCUCAGAUUUUUGGAUUUGCGAAAAGGUCCUUCAAUUCCUCAAAAUUCCCAAUUGAGGCUCUCAAUUCGUCUUCCUCUCCCUCUCUCACCCACGGCAUCCACGUCUUUCACUGCCCAGAUGGUGUCGGGAUUGUGGCCAAGCUGUCUGAUUGCAUUGCUUCAAGGGGCGGAAACAUUUUGAAUGCCGAUGUUUUUGUACCUGAGAACAAGAAUGUGUUCUAUUCCCGAAGUGUGUUUAUUUUUGAUCCUGUGAAGUGGCCACGGGACCAAAUGGAUGAGGAUUUCUUCAAGCUUGCAAAGAUGUUCAAUGCUAUGAAAUCUGUUGUCAGGGUCCCAGAUCUUGACCCCAAAUAUAAAAUCGCUGUUCUUGCUUCAAAGCAGGAGCACUGCCUUGUUGAUUUAUUACAUGGAUGGCAGGAUGGAAGGCUUCCAGUUGAUAUUACUCGGGUUAUAAGUAAUCAUGAUAGAGCUCCAAACACCCAUGUGAUUCGCUUUCUUGAAAGGCAUGGGAUUCCGUAUCAUUAUUUGUGCUCGUCCAAAGAAAAUAAAAGAGAAGACGAGAUCCUGGAAUUGGUUCAGGAUACUGAUUUUUUAGUACUUGCCAGGUACAUGCAGGUAUUUUCGGGUUCAUUCUUAAGGAGUUAUGGGAAGGAUAUCAUUAACAUCCACCAUGGCCUUUUGCCAUCAUUUAAGGGAGGGAAUCCUUCUAAACAGGCAUUUGAUGCGGGUGUCAAAUUAAUUGGUUCAACGAGUCACUUUGUUACCGAAGAACUUGAUACAGGGCCAAUUAUUGAGCAGAUGGUUGAGAGUGUGUCUCACAGAGAUAAUUUGCGGAUAUUCGUCCAGAAAUCAGAGGACGUUGAGAAAAGAUGCCUUGCCAAAGCUAUACGAUCAUACUGUGAACUACGCGUCUUACCUUAUGAAGAAAACAGGACUGUUGUGUUUUGAGGAUAAAGGAGGAAGAUCACACACUAAUACCCCUGUGGACUAGUAUGUAUAUUUACAUUUCAAUUCAAUCAAAAUACCAUCACUACUUUUAUAGGGUGUUUGGACACAGUUUCUGAGCUGAGUUUGUUAUGAUAGAAAAAUGAAUCAUUUAAAAUAUUUUCUUUUUCUUCCAA